ACUUGCUCCAGCCACGUUUAGUUUCAGUGGUCAAGAUUCCAAUAUAAGUUUGUCACUCCUCCACACCCUCACCGUCCGAUUAAAUCAUUCAUCUUAUAUUAUCACCAUUGAAUCUCUUUCUCUGUCACAUAAAGUGGUGGUAGCUCAUUAGAGUUUAUCUUCUUCUCCGCACAAACAAAAAAGAUGAGAUUUUUAGUUUAGUUUAGGUUAGGUGGUAGCAGAACAACAUAAUUAUACAUAUGAUGAUCGACAGAUGAGGAGCACAAGUGCAUACACAAGUAUGAUAUGUAUAGAGAGAGAAAGCAGAGGAGUAAAAGAGUGAUGUAGAGAGAGAAGAUGCAAUUGACAGAGAUCCAAUUAACAGAUUUAUGGUGGUGUUGAAUUAGACUACUAAAGACCAAGCUCAAAUCCUAGAUUUUUCAGUAAUAUCUCUCCGUUUUUUUCUAGGGUUUAGUUUUGUUCCAGAUCUACUUUUAAUUUGGAUAAAGAUUCGAUCUUUUUCUUGGUAAUUUGUUAGAUCUAGUAAAAGUUUGGACAUUCGAAGAUUUGCUGUUGGAUCCAAGUUGAAUUUCUCUGUCUUUAUGUAUUAGAUUAGAUUAACAGUUAAUAGAUGUGUUUGUAUAACGCGAUUAAUUACUUCCCGGAGGAAGUUUUGGAGCUUAUCUUUAAUUUGCUGACCACCCAUGGGGACCGAAAUGCGGUGUCUUUGGUGUGCAAGUCAUGGUAUAGUGUUGAGAGGAAUAGUAGGGAGAGGGUUUUUAUUGGGAAUUGUUAUGCAAUUAGUCCAGAGAGGAUGAUUGGGAGGUUUCCUAGGGUGAGGUCUCUUACCUUGAAAGGGAAGCCCCAUUUUGCAGAUUUUAAUUUGGUUCCCCCUGAUUGGGGUGGAUCUGUUUUUCCAUGGAUUGAAGCUAUGGUCAAAAGUGGGGUUAAUUUGGAGGAGCUUAAGUUGAAAAGGAUGGUGGUUUCAGAUGACAGUCUUGAGCUUCUUGCUCGCUCUUUUGUAAAUUUCAAGUCUUUGGUUUUGGUUAGCUGUGAAGGAUUCUCCACAGAUGGUCUAGCAGCUAUUGCGUCCAAUUGCAGGCAUCUGAGGGAGCUUGACUUGCAAGAAAAUGAAGUUGAGGAUCAUAGAGGGCAGUGGCUUAGCUGCUUUCCUGAGAGUUGCACAUCUCUGGUCUCAUUAAAUUUUGCAUGUCUGAGGGGAGAAGUUAAUCUCCCUGCUCUUGAUAGACUGGUAGCAAGGUGUCGAAAUCUUGUUAGUCUUAAGUUAAACCAUGCAGUUCCGGUCGAUGCUCUUCAGAAGAUUUUGGUCCAAGCACCUCAAUUGCAGGAAUUGGGUGCAGGUUCUUAUGUCCAUGAUCCAGAUUCAGAGACCUGCAAAAAGCUUAAAAACACUAUCCAGAAUUGUACUUCGAUUAGGAGUUUGUCAGGAUUCCUGGAUGUCGCCCCUCGCUGCUUGCCUACUGUGUACCCUGUUUGUGUGAAUUUGACCUCCCUGAACCUGAGUUAUGCGCCUGGAAUUUAUUGUAAAGAUCUUAUAAAGCUUAUCAGACAUUGCAAGAGAUUGCAGCGACUAUGGAUAUUGGAUUAUAUCGGAGAUAAAGGAUUGGGUAUAGUAGCUUCUAGCUGCAAAGAAUUGCAGGAAUUGCGAGUCUUCCCAUCUGAUCUCCAUGGUGCUGGUAAUACCGCUGUAACAGAAGUGGGAUUGGUCGCGAUAUCAUCUGGUUGCCCGAAACUAAAUUCUUUGCUCUAUUUCUGCCAGCAAAUGACCAAUGCUGCACUGAUAACUGUUGCUAAAAACUGUCCGAAUUUUAUCAGAUUUAGGCUGUGCACUCUUAAUCCAACUAUACCAGAUCCUGUGACCAUGCAGCCACUGGAUGAAGGUUUUGGUGCAAUUGUUCAGUCCUCCAAGGGUCUUAAGCGGUUGUCACUCUCUGGCCUGCUGACGGACAAGGUUUUCCUCUAUAUAGGAAUGUAUGCGGAGCAGCUGGAAAUGCUGUCAGUUGCAUUUGCGGGGGGCAGCGACAAGGGAAUGGUGUAUGUGUUAAAUGGCUGCAAGAAGCUGAAAAAGCUGGAAAUCCGGGAUAGCCCAUUUGGGAAUUUGGCACUUUUAGCAGACAUGGGGAAGUAUGAGACAAUGCGAUCCCUUUGGAUGUCGUCCUGUGAAGUGACUCUUGGGGCCUGCAAGACACUGGCCAAGAAAAUGCCAACCCUGAAUGUGGAAAUCAUUAAUGAAAAUGAACAGGUGGAUGCUAAUUCAGAAGAUAGUCAGAAGGUAGAAAAGAUGUACCUUUACCGGACAUUGGUUGGGGCCCGAAGUGAUGUCCCAGAAUUUGUGUGGACAUUGUAGAUGUAUGUCCACUGUAAAUGUCUUAUUGUCCUGCUCAAUAUCGUUACUGUGGUGUAGCAUGUGUACCUAGUUCAAAUAUUAAGUGGAAAAAUUUAUGUAACUGCAACUGUGGAUGAUCUAAUUAUAAGGUUUACUCUUUUGUUA